AUGGUUCGAGAAAGAGAUGCAGACGUACCGCAGCCAGGCCCGGCGCAACUGAGCUCACAUGCUGGACCGGACGAGUGGCUCGCGCAGGCGAAGCUAUGCCGGUACCUACCAGAGGCGGACAUGAAGCGGCUGUGUGAGAUUGUGAAGGAGUGCUUGAUGGAGGAGAGUAACAUACAGCCGGUGGAGGCGCCGGUGACGGUGUGUGGUGACAUUCAUGGACAGUUCUACGACCUACUGGAGCUAUUUAACGUCGCGGGUGGAAUGCCGGGGGAGGUGGAGGAGAAGGCGCCGCAGAGCUUGAGUGUGGCCGCAAGCCCGAAGGGCAGUGUGAAGAGCGCGGCAGAAGCGAAGAGCCCGAAUCGCGGCGCUAUCAGCGCUGCAGACCUCGAGCCGCCGACGCAGAUCAAGGAUCCAAAAGUGAUGCGGAAGAUGAAGAGGAGAUUUCAGAGGGACUCGGCGUAUACAUCAGCUGCGUCGAAUGAUGGCUCCGAGGCCGGAGAGGACGAAGAAUUCAGAGGCCGGGUUAGGAGCCGGAGUAUGGAGGAGGCAGACGACGAUGAGGAAUACGAGGACGACGAGGAAGGCAGCGAGGAUAGUGGAGUCGGUGUUCGAAGUCAGCCGAGUAGGAGCAAGAGCACACGGAAGCAAGACCAUGCGAACGGCAAGCAGAACUUUGUCUUUCUUGGUGACUUCGUGGACCGUGGAUACUUUAGUUUAGAGACGUUCACGCUGCUCAUGUGUCUGAAGGCGAAAUACCCGGACAAAGUCACGCUCGUCAGAGGCAACCACGAGUCCCGCCAGAUCACCCAGGUCUACGGCUUCUACGAAGAAUGUCAACAGAAGUAUGGUAAUGCCUCGGUCUGGAAGUCAUGCUGUCAAGUCUUUGACUUUCUUGCGCUUGCAGCCAUCAUCGAUGGCAAGGUUCUUUGUGUACACGGCGGGCUGAGCCCUGAGAUCCGCACUCUGGAUCAGAUCCGGGUUGUUGCCAGAGCACAGGAGAUUCCGCACGAGGGUGCCUUCUGUGACCUCGUCUGGAGUGACCCCGAGGACGUCGAGACGUGGGCUGUUAGUCCAAGAGGAGCCGGCUGGCUUUUUGGUGACAAAGUAUCAAGUGAGUUCAACCACGUCAACAACCUCCAACUUAUCGCCCGCGCACAUCAACUGGUGAACGAAGGCUACAAAUACCACUUUGCGACACAAGACGUAGUCACGGUCUGGUCAGCACCCAACUACUGCUACCGAUGCGGCAAUGUAGCCUCAAUCAUGACGCUAGGCGAGGAGCUGGAGCCGGAUUUCAAGAUUUUCUCCGCCGUCCCGGAUCACCGAAGAGCGGUGCCUGCUGGUCGGCAAGGGAGGGGCGAGUAUUUCUUGUGA